AACAGAAGUUCGCUCAUCACUAAAUAUAAGGGCUACUCUCCCUGCAUUGUAAACUGGUUGGAAUAAUGAAGCAAUCAGAUUGGAUUUAUACAGGAGACCUGCAGAUAUUUGGGUCAGAUAACUCGUGCUGUCCGGUCAUUUUUGGUCCUCAUUCUAAUUACUGAUCUUUUCAGGUCGUAUAAAACCUUCCACACGACUUCUCCAUCCGUCUGAUGACUUCUACAAUAUUUCUUUCACAGCUUGUGAAUCCGGGUGAAGAUCUGAACAAUAUUAAUCCUACAGAGACCUAUGUGAGGGGUGAUGAGCAGAGUACAGAGGACAUUCCUGCAGAUAACCGCCCAGAUGACUGUACCAGGAACUUAGAAAAACAUCUGGUAUCUUCAGAUGAUCGUGGUAUUAUACAAGAUAGAUAUGAAGAGCAUGCCAAUAUCCAAGAUAUACCCACAUCCAAUCACAGCCACAAUGCAUCAUUUGAUUCUUUUAAACUGGUCCAAUCUUCUGAUUCAUCACAGAGUGUAACACAGAAUAAAAGUCACAGAAGAGGUGCUAAACAUCAAAUAGCUCACGGAACACAGAAGCCAGUUUCAUGUUCAGAAUGUGGAAAAUGUUUUAGAUUUAAAUCAGAAUUAGUGAGACAUCAGAGAACUCACACAGGGGAGAAGCUAUUUUCAUGCUCAGAAUGUGGGAAAUGUUUUAACAGUAAAUCAGAUAUUGUUAUACAUCAGAGAACUCACACAGGAGAGAAGCCAUAUCCAUGUUCAGAAUGUGGAAAAUGUUUUAAGAAGAAAUCAGCUCUUGUUAUACAUCAGAGAGUUCACACAGGGGAGAAGCCAUUUUCAUGUUCAGAAUGUGGGAAAUGUUUUAAGGAUAAAUCAGGUCUCGUUACACAUCAGAGAAUUCACACCGGGGAGAAGCCAUUUUCAUGCUCAGAAUGUGGGAAAUGUUUUAAGUAUAAACAAGGUCUUGUUACACAUCAGAGAAUUCACACAGGAGAGAGUCCAUAUCCAUGUUCAGAAUGUGGUCAAUUUUUUAACAGUAAAUCACAUAUUGUUAUACAUCAGAGAACUCACACAGGAGAGAAACCAUUUUCAUGCUCAGAAUGUAGUAAAUGUUUUAAGCAUAAAUCAAAUCUUGUUGUACAUCAAAGAGUUCACACAGGGGAGAAACCAUUUUCAUGUUCAGAAUGUGGGAAAUGUUUUAAACAGCAAUCAGCUCUUAUUACACAUCAGAGAAAUCACACAGGGGAGAAGCCAUUUUCAUGCUCAGAAUGUGGGAAAUGUUUUAAGCAUAAAUCAAAUCUUGUUUCACAUAAAAAAACUCACAGAAAUAAGCCAUCUCCAUUAUUAGCCCUUUAGUGCCCUCCCUUAUGUGUUUUUAUGGUAGUCAGUGUCACUAACUGGCUUUAUGCCAUCAGAUACUCCUUUUUACAGGGAUAUAAAACAAAACCUUGCUUUGAGUUACCAGAGGUGGCUGAUGGCUUGGAGUGAUUGGGACCACUGUGAAGCUCCCCAAACAUGUAUUGUCUCCUGUAUUGAAUAAAACCGGUCAUCAAAGGACAGAUCCAGUUAAAAGUGAAAGUUUAUACAGUAAAUAUAUAUAUAUAUAUAUAUAUCCCCUCUAAACAAAAAUGUUUGGUCAGAGGGAAAAAAACAAAAACUAUAGGACCUGAUAUAAAAAGAUAGCUAUCUACAUAUUCCAGCCCCGGUCUGUUCUACCUUUUAUAAGUAUUUGUAAAAUUAAAAACGUCAGAUAUGAGCUUGUCAGUAAACCGUAAGCUCUUACUGGGUUUCAUCAGUGAUGUGCAAGUUCUCCCAACAAGUGACCCAGGUGAGGAUUGCCUCAUUACAUAGAAGCCAUUACUCGUCCUCCUGAAGGAAUAUCAUCUUAAUCUGUACACCCUGACCAAAAUGUACCUGUAGAUAAACCCAACAAGUGGGGUCCCCGCCACCCCUGUAUUUGUAGAAGUCAUGUGGUUCACUCAUCUGACAUGAAUUUACCAGUGGGGGAAUCCUUGGUUAUUUUCUUCCUUGUAUGUCCCACCAGCUCUGGAUUGUUUAA